AUGGUCAUCGUGAAGGUGAAGAAGCCCCUUGCGGUAGUGUUCGACUUCUGCGGCACCGCCGCCCGUGACACUUUCGUGGAGAAGACGCUGCAGCCGUACUUCAAGCUGGCGUACAAGGCGUACUUCGAGGCCAACUGGUCCAAGGAGGAGUGCCAGGCGGAUGCGAAGGCGCUGGCGGCGGUCGCCGCUAAAGAUGCGGCCGCGCCUAAGAUCGACCUGACGGCGGCCAAGCAGGAGCAGAUAGCGGCGCUGGCCAAGUACGUAGAGUACUGCGGCGCCAAUAAGAAGGAUACCUCUAAAGCUUUUGUCAUGUACCGAUUCCACGUCUGGUUCGACGGCUACGACCGCGGCAAGCUGACCACGCCCGUCUACUCCGACGUCGCCGUGCACAUUCAGAAGUGGAAGACGGAGCUGCAGCUGAAGCUCUUCAUCUUCUCCAACGGCUGGACCGAGGCGACGAAGAAGUUCAUGAGCAAGACCAGCCACGGUGACCUAAACGCCCUCAUUGACGACCACUUCGACACCUCGCUCGGCUCGCUGAAGGACGCUGCCACCUACCGGAAGCUGAUUGAGCGCAUCAAGGAGGACCCCAAGGAGGUGACCUUCCUCACCAAGUCGGCCAGCGAGGGCAAGGCGGCCAAGGCGGCCGGCCUCAAUGUGGUCCUCGUGCUGACGCACACGGCCACGGUGGAGGCGGUGAGCACCAGCUGCAAGGACAUUCCCAUUGCGCGCUCCUUCACCCAGGUGGAGUUCAUCUGA